AUGACAUUCGCGUGGAAAGCGUCAGGUCUCACCUACAACAAGUACCUUUCGGUGGCAGCACGAGUCGUCCGACGCAGCUUGAAGGAUGACAAGAGACUACAGGCAGAGAGAAGAGGAGAGAUGGAGUUGAAGUUUGCCAAGUGGAAUAACGGCAAGCAAGGCGAGAGCAAGAGCGUCGCAGAGGCAAACGCUGCUUCGAUGGCAGACGCUGGCUCCCAGUCGUAG